UUUAACGUAACGAGUGAUUUUAGACUUACCCCAGCUCGCUCUCUCCCAUUCUUCUCUCCGCUUUCUUCCCUUUGAUCUGUUACGAGUCGUUUUUGACCCGUGCAAGCAAACACAGAGAGCUCUUCAAUGUCGAAAACAUCGAUUUGAAUUCAAUAUCACAAACUCUGUCGCUCUCUCUGAUUUGUGGCUUUGAAGCGUGGAAAAUUCGCGUGAUCUGAAUUUCCAGGAAUAGCAAGAGCUCGCAUCGUCUCGUAAGUCUCUGUGUGUUUGGCUGGCUCUUCGUGUUACGAUUUCUAUUGAGGAAUGAAGUCUCCACUGGGAAAGUUGAGAAGAUUCACACAGCACGCCAAGAAUGAUGCCAAGGAUAAAAGGGACUUUCUCGCUUCCGCUCAGAUAGAUGAGCUCGCUCAAGCAGCGCAGGAUAUGCAAGAAAUGAGAGAUUGCUAUGACAGCUUACUUUCUGCCGCUGCUGCUACAGCAAACAGUGCAUACGAAUUCUCAGAAUCACUGCGAGAAAUGGGUUCUUGUCUAAUGGAGAAAACUACACUACAUGAAGAUGAAGAAAGUUAUAAACUGUUGUUAACAUUGGGAAAAACUCAGUUUGAACUUCAGAAACUUGUUGAUAGCUAUAGGUCUCAUAUAUUUAUGACAAUUACAAACCCGUCGGAAUCUCUUCUCAAUGAACUUCGUACAGUUGAGGAUAUGAAGCGCCAGUGCGAUGAAAAGAGAACUGUAUAUGAACACAUGAUGGCUCAACCAAAAGAAAAAGGACGAUCAAAGAGUGGAAAAGGUGAAAGUUUUACUCGACAACAAUUACAAACAGCUCAUGAUGAAUACGAUGAAGAGGCGACACUUUGUGUAUUCCGGUUGAAAUCUCUGAAGCAAGGGCAGUCUCGGAGUCUCCUUACACAGGCUGCUCGUCACCAUGCUGCACAGUUGAAUUUUUUUCGAAAGGGUCUAAAAUCACUUGAGGCAGUUGAUCCACAUGUUAGGCUUGUCACUCAAGAGCAGCACAUUGAUUAUCCAUUUUCUGGACUUGAUGAUGAUGGCGCGGAGAAUGGUGAGAUUGAUUUUGAGAAUAGCUACAAUACUAAUGAGGAUGGGGAGCUGAGUUUUGACUUCAGAUCAAAUAAGCGAGGGCUUGAUGCUGUUUCUACCUUGAAUUAUUCAAUGGAGGUUGAUGUAGUCGACUCUUCAUUUCCUCAAGAUUCAGUAUCAGAAGAUGCAGAGGUAAAAAGCCAAGGGGAUCACAAGGCUAUAGGUAGAGAACGUAGAGUUGGCAGCCAUUCGGCCCCCAUAUUCCAAGAAAGGAAAUCUGAGCCCCUCGAAAAAAUAAGACAAAUUCCGCCAUCGACAAGGAAAUCUAAUUCUUAUGUUCUGCCCACACCCCUUGAUCCAAAGGGUGUUAUACCUUCAAGAACAAGUAAUGCAAUCCCCCAAGCAAAGCCAGCGAACACAAGUGGUCGGGCCUAUAACUUGUGGCAUUCUUCUCCUUUGGAACAGAGGAAGCAUGAGCAAGAUUCUAAUGAUGCCUACUUGUCAGAGCUCGCUGCCUUGAAAACAAAUGUGGUACAGAAAGAGAGCAACAAUAACAUUGCCAACCAGCUACCUCUGCCUUCAAAAGUGGGAAUUUCUCUUCCACAGCUUGAUAGUUAUAAUUUGUCUGAUACAAAGAAAAUCAAAAUACAAGCUUUUUCUGGCCCAUUAGCUAGUAAGCCGUCCUCUACGCGAGUAUCCGCUGAACUUCCUCAACUAGUUUCUGGUGUGCUUUCUCGUGGACCUGUACCUCAACCUUCAUCUCCAAAAAUAUCCCCAAGUGCAUCACCUCCUCCUGCUUCACCCAGAAUAAAUGAGCUUCAUGAGCUUCCUAGACCACCAGGUAAUUUUGGCAGCAAGGGAGCUAAAUCUAAGGGUUUUGUUGGCCACUCUGCUCCAUUGGUCUCUCGAAACUCAGAAGUUUCUGCGUCAAAUAAAAGUUUUUCAGCAACAUCAAACGCUGCAUCUCCUCUUCCUACUCCCCCAUUGACAGCUUCCCGGAGUUUCUCUGUACGUUCAAGCAAUCAGAGAGCUAUGGCAAUACAUGUUUCUAAACAGUUGGAGUCUGCUCAAGUUUCUGGCAAGGUAGAAGAAGUUGAUUCCCCUCCAUUGACACCGAUUUCUCUUAUGAGCAUCAAGCCAGUAUCAACUAUAACUGAGUUGGUCUCUCAAGCUGGUCAAAUUAGAGGGGGAGCUGAUAGGUGAGGGUCGCGACUCGCGAGGCUAUAGUUUUUUUUGUUUUCCUUUUUCAGGAAUGUUCGGAGUCAUCAACAUUUAUUGGUUGGAUUCAGGUUUGUAAAUAUAACGUUAAUGGAUUGUUUAGUUCCUCAUCUCAAUCAUUGUUUACCAUUUGUGAUGGGUUGCGAUGAGAACUAAACUCCAUGCAAUUGUGCAUUGAAAAGUGACAUGUAUAUCUUCCAAUGAGAAAUUUUAUUCUUUCAUUUUUUUUCCCCACGAAGGAUUGUGUGGGGGAAAAAAUCUGUGUUAAUGCGGGAUGAUGGUUUUGGAAAUUAUUCUUCUCAGAUCCUAAACCUUGAUAAUUGUAAAAUAACUUGGAGGGUCUGUACAUUGUCAUGCAUAUGAAAGUGUUAAUUCCAUGAUUAUAAGUUUGAGCUUC